UGAGGCCUGCCGUCACCAUGCUGCCUUACUUCCUGCUCCUCUGCCUCCACUCUGGUCUGGUGGUAUCCUACGAAUGCCCGGUUGACUGUUCCUGCCAGGGCCAGGCCUCCAUCUUCUGCAUUCAACGGCGCUCCAACGUCAUGCCUCGUGUCCCCACCUCCAUCUCAAAUCUAUACAUCUUCCAGAACGGCAUCGACUCUUUGUCCCAAGAUGACUUCAAAGGCCUGGGGGAGACGGAGCUUCUAGAUCUGAGCCAGAAUCAGCUGGUGGAAAUUCCAGACGGUGUGUUUGAGAUGCUGUUGAAGCUGAAGAACUUAGACCUGUCCUCUAACCAGAUCACACACAUUUCCAAAGACAGUUUCUCUGGGUUGGUCCAGCUGGAGAGACUGUAUCUUCAUGCCAACCGUAUUCAGAGCAUCCAUCCGGAGGCUUUUGACGGUUUAGAGAUGCUGCUGGAACUCAAGCUCCAACGAAACCAGCUCACAUCUCUGCCAUCCCUUCAGUUCCCCAAACUUCUGCUGCUAGACCUCAGUCACAACACCAUCCCAACCCUGGGACACUCAGACCUGCAGACCCCGCACCUGGAGGCCCUUAAGGUGUCUUCUGUUGGGCUCACCUCUCUGGAUGAGGAUCUCAUAGCCUCUCUGGGAAACCUACAUGAGCUCGACAUCUCCACAAACCAGUUAACUGAGGUGCCCCCGGCUCUGCAGCAGGACUCCCUCAAGGGGCUGAUCAAGCUCAGCCUGGCUGCCAACCCAUUGGGUGAUCUGAGGGUGGAGGACUUCCAGAAGCUGAUCGGACUUCAAGAACUGGAUCUAAGUGGUCUUAACCUCCAGGGAUUUUCUCAGAGUUUCUUCCAGACCUUCCCCAGGCUGGUGCACCUGACAGUGGCUGAGAACCCGUUUAACUGCUUGUGUCCAUUAGCUUGGUUCCCCGUCUGGCUUAAGGAGAAGAAUGUGAAUCUUGGGCGUCCUGAGGAAACCAGAUGUCACUUCCCUUUGGUUAAUGCCGGGAAGAUGCUUUCAGCGCUGGAGCACAAAGAUUUUGGGUGUCCACCUUCUACAACAGUGCUGAUUGACUCCCCCAUUGGAAGUACUCCUGUUCCCCAGGUGUCCACCACAUUUCCAGAGACCAUCCAUACCAACGCCAUACCGCCCCCUCCUCCACCCAGUGAGGCCACCAUCUCCUCAAAAACAGACCGCCCCCAUUCCCCAGAACCUCCAGUCUCUCCAAGCUCCACCAACAGGGAGGUAGGGGAGCACAUCUGCCCACCAAACAUCUGCCUCAAUGGGGGCACUUGUAAUUUUGACCCGUUAGGUCAACUCAGCUGUUUGUGUCCGUCGGGAACAUUUGGCCUCUACUGUGAAAAUGUGGAGGAGGUUCCUGAGCCCCCGAAACCUUCAGAGGUUUUGUUAGUCGCCCCUGUGAUUCCUGUUGAACUGGAUGCUAUCAGCUCACGGCACGUCACCUCCACAUCUAUCCUUCUGGACCUGCACCGAUUCAUUCAGACACGGCCAGACAUCCGGGGAAUCCGGCUGACCUACCGUAACCUCUCAGGGCCUGACCGCCGCCCCAUAAUCCUGAGUGUACCGGCAUCCUACCCUGAGUACACUUUGCGUGGUUUGCUACCCAACUGUACCUACUCAGUCUGUGCCAGUCCCCUGGAGGAAAGAAUCAGCUCCAGGACCAACAGCUCUGUUGAAACAGGGUCAUGUACGGAGGCUCGUACUGAAGGGAUACCGCGGAUGUCUACAGAGUCCAGGGUGGAGACCCAGAGCCCUCUGACAUACACCCUCAUCCCCGCCUUGGCUGCACUGGCGCUGGUGCUCGGGUUGGCCAUCGUGGCCGGGACGAUAAUUUGUGUCCGAAAGAGGAGGCAGGCCAAUGCGGGAAUGGAGCUGGAGCUAGGCCCGGCAGAUCCAGAUCCAAUGGAACUAGAGGGGACCAAGGCCUGCCUGGAGAAUGGGGGAAAUGGUAUACUACCCCAAAAACAAACUGAGAUUGACAGAUGUCAAACUCCUCAGCCACCUCCAUCCUUGCAACAAAAUGGGGGUUUGGACUUUGAAGUACCCUUAAUGCAAGGCCACUGCCCAUCAAAUAACAAUAUAGCGUCAUUAAAGCCAUCCUACUUCUAAUAUCCAACAAAAUGCAAACACUGUGGGACUAUGAUGCAGUUUAAAGUCAUCGAGCAGAGCUAACCAAGUGAUUCAACUAAGUGCAAUUGACUAGAAGGGUCUUAGUAGCAGACAGAAAACAGAAGUGCCUUUUUGCAUCGACACAACUGUAACCAGUGGAUUUUUCUCUUUGCUUGUAUGAAAGAAACUAUGUGAAGGAGCUGUAAUCCUUUUUGCUGGAUUUGUGAGAAAAGUGCCUCAAAGCCCAAAAGAGUUUGGGCUGCAGAACUGCCGGAAGUGACAGUGGUUUAAAUAAUGACAGAGAUGCAGAGACCAAACGUCCCGGGACAAAACGGUUCAUCGACCAACGCGAACCGCUCCAUGGGAGUUAUAAAAAGAACUUGCACUGAAAAUAAAUCUUUCUUUUCCUUUGUAGUGUCCACAGGACGGAUGAUGGUCACAUAAAGAAAUGCAAUAAUGCAAAAAAGGUUGCUGUGAAAAGCGGUCUAAAGAUUGUGUGUAGCUGUGGACAUUCUCAGAUCAAACAAAACUAUAAUUCAAGCAACAUUGGAUUAUUCAGUGUCUUCGGAUUAACUAUAAUUCUCUCCACACGUCUUGAAGAUUUUCUCUUUGGGGAGAUUAAUUUGCUGUGAAAGAUAAAUGGACUGAAUGAAGAGCCAUUGAAAAAGGACUUUGCCUGUAGCUUAUACCAUGAUACCCUGUUUUGUUGUUUUUGUAUUUCUAUCCUGUUUUUUGCUGCCGAUGUCCGUUCAGUAUUGCUCUGGUUGUGAGUUAAAACAUUACUAACUGUUCCCCUUGAAAUAGCCUGCCAGUCAUCAUGGAUUCUUUAAUUGUGUAUUUGCAUCCUAGGGAAACUUUUAGCUAAAACCUUUUUUUUAGCUAAAAGCACUAAAAGAAACUAACAUGUAUCAAAUAUAUACUAAAAAACAUUCAUUUAAAGAUAAAACCAGAACACAAGUCAUCUUUACAUCAUUUAUAGAGGUUGUUAAUUGCAUGAGGUUCGACGAAGUGUGAAUGUAGCUGCCAUGAGUCGGUGACUUUGAUUUUCUCUGCUGCAUAAGAAAAGCCUCUGACUGUUUUUGACAAAGCUCCUAAAUGUGUGUUCAAAGCCUUUCACCACAGAAGCCACUCCUAUAAAGCUGCAGACACAUGCCGAGAGAUGAAAGCAAAUUCAAAGAGCUCGAAGGAAAUUAGCUGCGAGUGUGACUGAAUUUUAGGCGAUAGUUUCCUGGGUUGUUUCUGAGAUAUGAUCUAGACGUUUGUUCUCACACACCACUCUCCGCCUCCUACCCGGCACUGCCUCGUGUGUUUGGAUUGUUGCUUGUUUACAGCCAACCAGACUGUGAAAUGCACAGGCUCAGUGUGCCGUUCUGAUUCAUUUGCUCUCUCUUUCCUGUCUGGUGCUGGGAACGUCACAAGAUUUAAGUUUUUCCUUUAGAGAAAGAAUCUUAAAUUGCAAAAAAAAGGUUUACAGAGUGUCAUAUUACAUGCUGAUGUUUAUUUCUAGAACAAUCGUACGAUGGUCGACGGGUGCAAACCCGUUAAAACGGGCCAAAACAUUGCAAUUGGAGAAAUGCAAUGCCCUUUCAAAAAAUAUGUAAAUAUAGAAAGUGCUGGGAGACCAGGGGACACUAAAGAGUGACGCACACAGCUGGAGACCAGGGGACACUAAAGAGUGGCGCACACAGCUGGGAGACCAGGGGACACUAAAGAG